GACAGAGUACAGAGGUGACCGUCAGAAAGGAACGGACGUGACUACUGCACGCAGCCCAACGCAGAGCUGCCGACUGAGAUUGUGACUACUUGACGGAGAUUUUAAAUCCGAGAUGGAUUUUUCAAAACUACCGAAGAUUGCUGAUGUCGAACAGGAGAGCAUGAUAGGAUAUGUUUUUGGAGUUUCUGGACCAGUGGUGAUUGCUUCUCAAAUGGCUGGGUCAGCCAUGUAUGAACUGGUCAGAGUGGGUUACUUUGAACUGGUUGGAGAGAUCAUUCGAUUAGAAGGAGACAUGGCCACAGUGCAGGUGUAUGAAGAAACCUCGGGUGUGUCUGUUGGUGACCCUGUACUCCGAACUGGCAAACCCCUAUCAGUGGAAUUGGGACCUGGAAUAAUGGGUGCCAUCUUUGACGGGAUCCAGCGGCCUCUUCAUGACAUCAGUCAUUUGACCAAUAGUAUCUACAUUCCACGUGGGAUUAACAUUGGAGCACUUUCUCGAGAUGCAAAGUGGGAAUUCAGUCCGGAACGCAGUAUCAAACCAGGGUCUCAUGUUGCAGGGGGAGAUAUCUAUGGCAUUGUGCAGGAGAACUCACUCAUCAAGAACAAGAUUAUGAUUCCACCCAAAACCCAUGGUACAGUGACAUACAUUGCACCACCGGGCCAGUAUGAUAUUACAGAUGUAGUACUGGAACUGGACUUUGAUGGAGUAAAGGAGAAGCUUACUAUGAUGCAGGUCUGGCCUGUACGUCAGAUUCGUCCAGUCUUGGAAAAGAUGCCAGCUAAUUUUCCACUUUUGACUGGUCAGAGAGUUCUGGAUUCCCUUUUUCCCUGUGUUCAGGGGGGCACCACAGCUAUCCCAGGAGCAUUUGGAUGUGGAAAAACAGUAAUUUCUCAGGCUCUCUCCAAGUAUUCCAACAGUGACAUAAUCAUUUAUGUGGGCUGUGGAGAGCGAGGCAAUGAGAUGUCUGAAGUGUUGAAGGAUUUUCCGCAGUUGACAAUGGAGGUUGAUGGGAAGACUGUGUCAAUUAUGAAGCGAACAGCACUUGUGGCAAACACCUCAAACAUGCCUGUUGCUGCUCGUGAGGCAUCCAUAUACACAGGCAUCACUCUGUCAGAGUAUUUCCGGGACAUGGGCUACAACGUGUCAAUGAUGGCCGAUUCAACUUCCCGUUGGGCAGAGGCACUUAGGGAGAUUUCUGGAAGACUGGCAGAAAUGCCAGCAGAUAGCGGUUAUCCAGCUUAUCUUGGGGCCCGACUGGCAUCCUUCUAUGAACGUGCUGGAAGAGUAAGAUGUUUGGGGUCACCCGACCGAGAAGGUAGUGUCAGCAUUGUUGGAGCGGUGUCUCCACCUGGAGGAGACUUUUCCGACCCUGUCACAUCAGCUACUUUGGGGAUAGUGCAGGUAUUUUGGGGACUUGACAAGAAAUUGGCCCAGCGUAAACAUUUCCCAUCUCUCAACUGGCUUAUUAGCUACAGUAAGUACACUCGAGCUCUAGAUGACUACUACGAUCAGCAUGCUCCAGAGUUCCCACCACUUCGGACCCGGGCUAAAGAAAUCCUGCAGGAGGAAGAAGACCUAGCAGAGAUUGUGCAGCUUGUUGGCAAGGCUUCACUGGCAGAAGCAGAUAAGAUAACCCUGGAGGUGGCCAAACUUAUAAAGGAUGACUUCUUACAACAAAAUGGAUAUUCACAAUAUGACAGGUUUUGCCCCUUCUACAAAUCUGUUGGAAUGCUGCAGAAUAUAGUAGGCUUUUAUGACAUGGCACGGCAUGCAGUGGAGUCAACAUCACAUUCAGAUGUCAAGGUCACUUGGGCUCUCAUCCGAGAGACAAUGGGUGAUAUUCUGUACAAGCUAAGCUCCAUGAAGUUUAAGGACCCAGUAAAAGAUGGUGAGGCGAAGAUCAAGCAAGACUAUGCUGCACUGUAUGAAGAAAUGCAGAAUGCAUUCCGGAAUUUGGAAUACUAAGCCAAAUUGGCCAUGUCUUGUAUCAGCGAAUGCAGGUCAAGUUACCAGUGAGCACAAUGGUCACCUUCAUCUGACGCAAUGCAGAUUCUGUUAGCCUGCCAACUGUAUCCUCCAAUCGUUGUAGCUCUGUAUUAUUCAACAAUCACGUUUACACCUUAAAAGUCUGUUUUGCAAGCUUAUUCUUGAUCAUUUUGGCUUUGCCAUUUUUUUAAAUAUUAGUCUCAAAGACCUUUAAACGGCCAUAGUACAGCAAGAAUAUGCAAUCAAAGGGAACUUCUAUGUGAUUGUGUAAAUAAAUUAUUUUGACUCAUAUAA